AUUUCAACUCAUGAUUUUAUGAAGAGAGUCAUGAAUAUCAUGGGACAAAGAGUUUAUUUACUGGUCGGGAUUAAAUAUGGGUAUAUGACAAUAUAAUAUUUCCCUCUGGCCCUCUGGGCCCUCGGGGAAAUAUCAUAUUGUCACUCGGAAUUAAACUCACCAAGUAAAUAACCUUUAUAUGUGUAUGACUUUUACUUAUUUGGAUCUUGUUGAUUAUUAGUUGGAUUUUGAUUUGCAGACGAAAAACUUUUUUUAAUUCAAAUACUAGUAGUAUACAAAACUUAAAGUACAGAAAGUAAUACGGUGAUCGCGUAAUUAUUUGCAAGGAAAUCCUAUUCCAAAUUUGAUGCAAGGGUUUCCUUGGAAUAUAUAUUGAAUUAUGAAUAUUUGAUGGAAAAUCAUUCUCCGACACGAUGCCAAUAGUCAUGACAAAAGAAUAAACGUCGUGGUAUCAACGUCAAUAAAUUGCGAUAGUGUGACAGACAAAAUCAAAAGUUCAUUUUGAAACAGCAAAUAUAAAGUCACAAUGGAUUAAUAGGAUAUAAGAAAUAUGAGAUAUAAUGGGUAAAUAAAUAAAUAUGUGUAAGUAUGUACAAACAAAUCUAAAAACAAUUCUGGUAAUUUUAAAUAUAUACCAUACGAUUAUGUAAUAAAACUCGUGUUUCACAUGAUUUGAAUAUAAAAAACACAAAAUGAGUACAAAGUUAUUGCCAGUUUCCAACGCAACAGAUCUUCGGGAGAUAUCACUACCCAAUAUAACCAUAGAAACCACCGGAUCUAGAACAUCUACACCAUUGACAGAAUUCCCAAGAUCGGAUACAUCUCUAACGACAGUCACUCAACUCCAUAGCAACCUCAACACUCCUAAUACCCUGCCUUACACAAGACAAAAUACCAUGACAACCAUGGAUGAAGAUACAGUAUCUAUGGAGUUAACUGGUUGCUAUAGUAAUUCAGAAAGUGACUCAGAUGAAGUUGACGAUGAUGUUGGUAUUGAAAGUGAUGAGACUGAUCUUGAUGUAUCGGAGACAAUCCAAGCUUGGAGGAUUCCAUCAUUAUCAAAGUCCCGGCAAGAGAUGAAAACGGACUGUUUGAUAGGGGAGAAGAGAUACAAGUUUGGCUGUAGCCAUCUCAAUGAGGUACCUCAGACGACUGUUCUUGAUCAACUGGCGAAUUCUGAACUUAAUCUGCCUCACAGAUAUCUCAAUGGAAAAUCUCUUCAUCCAUUGACAUUCGCCUUGAAGGAAAACCGUAAUGUGGCUAAGCUUAACUUAAAGAACAACAGAUUAGGAGGGGAUGGAGCAAAGCACAUUCUCAACCUACUGAAAGCCAAUGACUUUAUAACUGAACUGGAUAUAUCCAACAAUGCUAUCCACCUAAACAGAGGAGCUAAAGCCAUCAGUGCUAUGAUGACAGAUAACAUUGGCCUAGCAACUCUCAACCUUUCAGGCAAUGAUUUUGAUGACCAUGAUGCUGUGUUCCUGGCUUCGGGUAUUAAGUUCAAUAAAUUCAUUAGUAACCUGGAUCUGAGCCACAAUGACAUUGGAGAGAUAGGAGCUGGUUACUUGGCUAAGGCUUUGGAAGAGAACACAGGAAUACAGACACUCUCCCUGGCAUGGAACAAGAUACGCAAAUCUGGUGCUGUCUCCAUUGCGAAAUCCCUCAAGGUGAAUCAUACAAUUGAGAACCUUGAUCUGUCAUGGAAUGGUGUGGGUUACGAAGGAUCCUUAGCACUGAGUCACACUCUAGGGAAGAACAUCAUCCUAAAGUCACUUAACUUGGAGUCCAAUAGGAUUAACUGGGAUUGUGCUCUCAUGUUAUCCAAGGCACUGAAACAGAAUACAGCUCUUGAGGUCCUUAAGAUAGGAGACAAUCCUUUAACAACAACAGGGUGUAUGGACCUAAUUGAAGCUGUAGGCCAUGCAGACAGUGCUGUGAAACUUCUAGACCUUGGCAAAACACCAAUAAUCUUGGAAUGUCAUUUCAUAGCCUCUGCUAUACAAAGUGAUAGAGAGUUCCAGUGUAUUCAUGGAGCAAUUGUACCUUCCCAUGACAAACUGGGCUUUCGUAAAGCUGCUGAAAUGGACCCCUUGAAGAAAAUGCUGUACUAUGUAAAGGACAAAGAACUGCGUCUGGUUGAACUUUUUCGGGACUUUGAUAAAGGGGUUGAGAUGAAAGUAACGAAUGAAACAUUUGUUACAAGACUACAGAAUGCUGGGUUAAAGAUACCAAAAUGGGAACUCCAUGAAAUGAUUGAAGCUGUUAAUAAAGAGGAUGGUAGAAAAUCACGCCAGGGUGAUCCCAUCACAUAUAAAAAACUGGUACAACGAGUCCAAGAAUUUACUGAUGAAGAACGUGAAAAAGAAAAAAUAAAGCGCAAGAAAGAAGAAAGAAUGCGUCAGUAUCACACUAGAAUUCUAGAUCUACCCAAAAUUGAGCAUAUUCGACGACCCUCGGAAGUUAGUAGUGAGAAUUCAGAAGAGAAAAAUCGACCCACACUCCGUGGCGCAACAAUGAAACUAAUGUCUAUGAAUCUUGGAAGUAUUCCUAAAAAGAAGAAAAAGAAAAGGGGCAAGAAAAAAUCAAAGAAAGCAAAAAGUAAAAAAUGAAUGAUGAUGGAUAGUGAGUUCCGAGCCUAGAACAGUUCUUAUGUUAAUUCUAUUAGAGGUGUUUCAUCACACAAAAAACAAGCAGUUUAUUAAGUUUCCUGUAAUUUAUAUAGUAAAUUAGAUCGUGUUUCAUUUUAAUGCAAAGCAAUAAAAUAGUGAAACAUCGAUGCCAUCCUGGGGAAAGUACAAUUAGACUUGUAAAGAGGAACACCUCUGUAGGUGGAACACAAAUAAACUUUAUGUUAAAUGAAACUCUGUAAGUGGAACACCUCCGAAAUGGAACACUAUAUUGAGAUACUACAGGUGUUCUAUUUACACUGGUUUUACUGUAAAUACAAGCACAU